AAUUGUACCUCUUAAGAUCAUCAAGCACCAAACUCAACUCUUAUAAAUUUAUAAUCUUGUCUUGAUCUAAAUAUAACUUCAUUAAUUCUAUUACAACCUUAAUUAGUUAAGCUUCAGCUGGAGAAAAGAAAGAGCCAUGUCAGCUUCCAAGCUCCAAAAUAUAUGGAACCAUCCUGCAGGACCCAAAACUAUUCAUUUUUGGGCUCCAACGUUUAAAUGGGGGAUUAAUAUUGCAAACGUGGUUGAUUCUACAAAGCCACCAGAAGAGCUUUCGUAUCCUCAACAGUCAGCUCUUGCUUGCAGUGCAAUUAUCUGGGCCAAAUAUAGCACAGUGGUCACACCGAAAAAUUGGAACCUUUUCAGUGUUAGUGUUGUGAUGGCUGCAACUUCAAUAUAUCAACUUGGUCGUAAAUUAGAGCAUGAUUUCCUCUCCGACCAACAAGCUACCGCCGAGGAACAUUAGCGAGAGAAUAUUAAAUCCAUGUUUUAAUGUUGUUAAUUUAAUCAAUCGUUAAAAGAGUAAUGCUAUAUAAUCCAACAUUUUUAACCCACCUUUUUGUACCAUCUGACGUGGCAAUUAAAGAGUGGAUUGAUUAAAUUCUGUUUUUUGAGAUAUACACUUUUGGGUGGGGAUUAGACGAAUGAAACUUUGCCACAUAAGGUGGGUUAAAAGAAUUGAUACAAAGUGUUGGGUUAUAAAGCAUUUUCUUUGUUAAAAAUAUUAAAUCCAUCUCCUUGACUUAAUAUGUAAUGCGUAGUUUUUUAUUAAAAAAAGAACAACUUAAUCAUUUGUAUGAAUUCACACAAUCUCUAUA